GGGAGUGGCCGCCUGCCGUGAGCGCCGGCGACAGCUGCAGGGCUCGCUGACCUUGCUCCGCCGUCGGAUCCCCGAGGCUCCGCCAUGGCGACCAGGCUGCUGCUCCUCCGGCUCUUCUUCCCGCGAGCUGCGCGGGCCACGGCGCCCACCUCCAUCCGAGCCAUGAGCGCCGGGGGUAUCCCUACGGAUGAAGAGCAAGCUACUGGGCUUGAAAUGAAAAGUAUGCAAGCCUUGAAGAGAGGGGAAGAUCCAUACAACAUAUUGAAGCCCAAGAAAUAUCCAGGAACCAGAGAAGAGCCUCAUAUUGUUCCAUCAAUUGGGGACAAGAGACUAGUGGGUUGUAUCUGUGAGGAAGAUAACUCCACUAUUAUUUGGUUCUGGGUACACAAAGGAGACAGCCACCGUUGCCCUCAGUGUGGGUCUUACUACAAGCUAACUCAUUAUGAACUCCCCCACUGAGAACUGAUACCAAGAAAAGGUGUUUUUUCUUUCUUUCUUUCAUUGUAGGCUUAAAUAAAUCUGCCUGCCUUUAGUUGCAUCAA